AUGGAUGACUUGAAACUAUAUGGAAAGAGUAAAGAUGAUCUUGAAUCCCUAGUGCGGACAGUUAGGAUAUACACAGAGGGCAUUAGAAUGCGAUUUGGGCUGACGAAAUGUGUGACGCUAGUUAUGAAAAGAGGAAAAAAGGUGGAGGAUGAUGGAAUAGUGUUACCUGAUGGACAGAUCAUGAAAGACCUUGGAGACAGUGGCUAUAAAUACCUAGGAGUACUAGAAGCUAAUGACAUCAAAAUGAAUGUAAUACAAGCUUUCCUUCUCUUUCGUCUUGUCUUGCAACUCACCAUGUGGAAUAACAGCACUGAAAAUAACUCCACUUCCCUGCCUGAGGAACUUAAUGUCAUCCAGCAGGCACUGGGUCUGACUUUAGCGGUCAUGCUAGGGCUGGUGAUUUUUGCCCUGGGCUGCUCGGUGGAGGUGAGUAAGAUCUGGCUCCACCUAAAGCGCCCAUGGGGUAUCUUGGUCGGACUGGUGUGCCAGUUCAUCAUCAUGCCCCUCACCGCAUACCUGCUGGCUCUGGCGUUCUCCGUCUCACCAGUGCAGGCCAUCGCUGUCAUUGUCAUUGGAUCCUGUCCUGGAGGAACCAUCUCUAAUAUUGUCACAUACUGGCUGGAUGGUGACAUGGACCUCAGCAUAACCAUGACGACCGUGUCCACUCUGCUGGGACUGGGCGCCAUGCCUCUGAAUCUGUACCUCUACUCCAGCACAUGGGUGAAGACAGGGAAGAUGGAGCUCCCUUUUCUGAAUAUAGGUCUCGCGUGUGUCAGCCUGGUUGUCCCUGUGACCUGUGGCGUGUUGGUCAAUUACAAGUGGCCAAAAGCGGCACGAAUAAUUUUGAAGGUGGGGUCAAUAGUAGGAGGCGUGAUAAUGUUAGCUGUUGGUAUCGCGAGUAUUUUUCAGUACGAUGGCUUGUGGAACACUAGCACCUCCACCCUGGUCAUUGGUAGCAUCUUUCCUUUGAUUGGCACCUUCGCAGGAUUCUUGAUCUCCAUUUGUCUCCGUCAGCCCUGGAACCGAUGCAGGACCAUCGCCAUGGAGACGGGAGCGCAGAACAUGCAGAUCUGUGGUACAGUCCUGCAGCUUUUCCUUCCUCCACAACAGUUAUCAAAGGUCAUCAUACUUCCUCUUAUGUACAGCUGUUUCCAGCUGCUGACAGGCGUGCUGCUGGUCAUAGCUUUUCAGAUUUACAAGAGGACACAGUGUAGGAAUUACUUUUUGACCUCAGAGGAAAAAGGCCAACGUGAAGAAAACGACGGUCCUACAGGAGAAAUCAAUGCCGCCUUUGAGAGUGAAUCGUCCUGUAAAUCUCACAGGAACACUGAGCAACCAAACGGAUCAGUCACAGAUUUUUCCAUGGAGGAAGAGAAGGAGGAGCCACGGGGUCAGCGUAAAUAA